CCGAGUCCUCCGCUAGAGAGCAGGAGAAGAGCUCGGGUGCCCUGCGCCAGAGGGACGUGGAAGUGAUCGAUCCAACAGCUGGAAGCACUUCGGGUUAAGAAUGAAAGAUUAAUCAGCCGAAGGUGGAUCGACGAAAGGAAAUUGCCAGAUGCGUGUAUGGAUCUUGAACGAGGAUUUGGAAAUCAAAAUUGGCAGAGGUUCGGCAUCACGCACGAUAGAUCCUAGCGAAGGACCGUAGCCACAGAGUUGUGGCUGGUGGGAAUCACAGAGGGCGUCAGGAUGGUGAACUGGUUGAAUGGUCUCCUGUAUGGAGCCGGGGGGAUUUUAGCUACUUGUAUGGUAUUACUGGUAACUAUGCAGGAGAAAUUGGUUUAUGUUCCGGUAAUUCCUGGUAUGUCCAAGGGUUAUCAGAUCACUCCUGCUAGGCUUCGUCUUAAGUAUGAGGAUAUCUGGCUCACAGCCGAGGACGGAGUUCGAUUGCAUAGCUGGUUCAUCAAGUUACAGCCUGCUGUUCAAGGUCCUACAAUCUUAUUCUUUCAAGAGAAUGCUGGCAACAUUGCACAUCGCUUGGAGUUUGUCAAUUUAAUGCUGCAGCGACUGAACUGUAAUGUUUUCAUGCUUUCCUAUCGAGGAUAUGGAGACAGUGAUGGAUUUCCUUCUCAACAUGGUCUUACGAUGGAUGCACAGGCAGCUUUGGACCAUUUGUUACAAAGGACUGACAUUGACCCAACUAGAAUCGUUGUCUUUGGAAGAUCACUGGGUGGUGCUGUAGGAUCUGCACUUGUGGCCAACAACCCUGGCAAGAUUUCUGCCCUUAUUCUGGAGAACACUUUCACGUCCGUGCUAGAUAUGGCGGGAGUUAUGCUACCUCUCUUGAAGUAUGUGAUUGGAGGUACAGGAAGUCCCGGUCUUCGUAUGCUGAACUUUCUCGUGAGGUCUCCAUGGAGCACCAUUGAUAUUGUGAGCAAAAUCGAAAACCCAAUACUGUUUUUAUCCGGGUUGAGAGACGAGAUGGUUCCGCCCAGCCACAUGCGUAGACUUUACGAUGCUGCCCAACUCAACGCCGAUCGACAGCUGAUCGAGUUCCCCAACGGCAUGCACAUGGACACUUGGCUGAAAGGCGGGGACCGGUACUGGCGUGUUUUGCAGCUCUAUCUGGACAAGCAUGCGAGUGGGAGCGGGCAUGGAGCAACUUUCAGUAGUGAUAUAAGCAGCAAUGGAGGGGUUAGCGAAAGCCGAAGUCAAAUUUCGGAGCAACCAAAAUAUGAGUUGUAGGUAGGUGAUGUGAAAUAGAAGGAACGUAGUGUGAGGAUGCUUUUGGUCAGUUCUGCGACCGCUGCUGCAGCUGCAGCAGCGGCAGAACUCUCCCUCGCACUAGAGUUGGUAGGCCUCCCUCCGCCUGCGCACUGCUGCGGGUUGGUUCGAGGGGGCAAGUCCGUCCACACCCACCGGGAACGAGCCUCCAGUCUUGUCGUUAGAAGAAGUUCAUGGAACUGGAUUCAUAGCCAGCACGCUGUGCUGCGCCUGGCCAUAUCAGGGUCCGGGCUGCGAGUGGACAACUUUGGAAAAUCUUUUCAGUGCUCGCAGGCUACAUGAAGUCUCUGGCUGCCAGCUGUCGACAUGCUGCUCCUCGAGUAGAAGAAGAGCGAGCUAUGUAAAUUAUUUCUUAUCGAAAUGGAAAUUGGUGUAGAUGGAAUAUUGUCC